GACGACCUUCAAAGAGAUUUAUCUUUGCUUGGAAUGGAUGCGCACCAUCUUCCUGCCUACCGACUACUUCUCAAAGAAGUCGAGGAAGACAUAGCAAACGCCCAAGCACACCUCAACGCUCUUGAAUCGAAACGCGCUGAAAUUUGCCAACGCCUUGAAGCGUACAAAUAUCCAGUACUUUCGCUCCCCAACGAAAUUAUCACGGAAAUUUUCUCGCAAUACCUUCCGGAAUAUCCAUCUUGUCCCCCUCUCACCGGUCCAGGCUCGCCUACACACCUCCUUGGUAUAUACCGUCUCUGGCGGAAGAUUGCUCUCAAAAGCCCGACCUUGUGGCGCGCAUUAGAGAUGGACAUAGAGAACGCUGAUGCAGAGCUUGCCAACAGCUGGCUUCAGCGGUCUGGCAGCAGUUUCCUUUCUCUGAAUUUCGAUUUUGAGCCAUUCGGGCCUCAACACGACGGCACACCACUUCUCGAAACCAUUCUGGCGCACCGAAAACGCUGGGAAUACAUACACUUUCGUGUGGCUUCCUCCUAUGACGCCGAAAUCGCUUGUAUCAGCGGGGAAGCCCCAGCUCUGGUUGAAGCGGACAUCGCAUCAUGGGGAUCUGACGCCGACUGGGAGGCAGAACCUGGCCCAACAAGCAUAUCUUUCCAUAACGCUCCUCGGUUGCGUUCUAUUUGUGUCGGGGAUGUACGCUUCACCCCACAAUCCAUACCGUGGGCCCAGUUAACGACUGUGGUCCUUUACUACGUCGCCAUGACUGCCUGCAUUCCGGUCCUGGCGCAAGCCGAGAGUUUACGGUAUUGCAGGCUGGUAUUCAAAGACAUAAGUGGCGUAAGUCAACCACAGGGUGUGCCGUUGACGCUCCCUCGAGUCGAAAUCUUAGUUUUACUUGAUCCGUUUCGCCCUCACGAUCCGGACUCGGAAAACAAUGUCUUGGCCAACCUCACGUUGCCUUCUCUCCAAAAACUCGAAAUCUCAGGCUGCCUACUACCAUACGACAACCAGAACUCCGUGGAGGCCAUUCGCUCUUUGAUUUCACGGUCCGCAUGCUCGUUGCGGCAUCUGAGAGCGGACAUAGGUUUUUAUACUGUUGCCGAUUGGGCUGCAGCGUUUCCGAACAUUCACGUAUUCCAUUCUACGCACUCUGUCAUCUACAAUGGCACUAUAUGGAAGCUGGAUGAUUACUGGGAGGAGCCGGAUGAGUCUGGAUCACUUGACUCGGAGACCAUUUGA